GCAAUCAAGAAGGAGCUGGAACAACAAUCGGGGAGGAGGUUGAACAGGUUAACAGCUUCCUCUCUCGAGCAGCCAUAUGUUCCAAGUACAUGUCAAAAGCCGGUAAGCAUUUUUCAUGUAAAGUUGUGUCCAAAUUGAGACCAAGUGGUUUUAACACUGAUGCUCGGCCUUUGCAUUUUAGAGUUCCAUGCAUAGGUGCUCCCUUAGAAAACAACUGUCUAGUCAGCACUUUUACGCUGAUCAGGAUUCUCUUAAUAAUAAUUUAACUUCUGACACGUUAAUUAAUUGUAUGAUUAUUUCCAGGUUUAUGUGACAAUAUUAGAGAAUGAUCAAUGUAGUAUCUGACCUGUGGUCCUCACUGUGAACCUAAAUUACUGCACAUACAUUGUGUGUCAAGUUCGCACAGGCAUGCUAACAAUCCAGGCAAGUGGCUGGAACAAGCGAAAGGCAGAAAACCUUGACCGGACACUGGCCAAAAGAUACAUCAAGACUGUACAAAGGAUUGCAGAGGCAACAAAGGACCUGGAGAAACUCACAGAUGAGUUAUCUCUACAGCAAGACACAGUCCAGCAGUGGGUGUCUGAUGUUCAGCAGUGGACCUCAGGAGCAACAAUCCAAAAUGACCUGCAGAGAACCAUCGAGGGGCUAUAUCUGGGCAUCAAACAGCGAAAAGUUCAGCUGUAUCGUCAGUCUGGUGGGAACAAGCGAAGGCAUCAACUGAGAAGAAAGAUUGCUGUUGAGAAGAAAGCCUUGGAAGUUGCCAUCAAUGACCACAAUGCUACUGUGGGGGAAGUUGAAAAACUGCCUCCUCCCAAUGAACUCCUGGCUGUGGAUAACUACUCCUGGCCAUGGGAAUGUCAUGGUGAUAUGGAGCGGAAAAAAAAUGUUUUUGACAAGGUAAUGCUGCUGGCUAGACUGAAAGAAGAAGAAUUUAUUGUGGUUCGCGAAGUCAAGCAGCACAUGGAGUACAUGAGGAGUGUUGCUGGACUGAUUGAAGAGUUUACCUUUCAGCUCACUGAAGACACCAGUGGGAAAUGCAGUACAGAGGGCUUAAUGGAGAAAGGACGUGAGGGACUACUCUGUGUGCUGAAGAGAAGAUUGCGUGAAGUUGAAGCACAACUGGCUAAAGCACGCACAACAUACAAAAGUAUUCUUGGACUGCAAACAUUGCCCUUAGAUGAGUUUUCCGAAGAGGAAGACUCAGAGAAUACUUCCUCAACUGAUGAGGAACUGGGAGAGUAGUUAUUAGGGAGAUGAUGUGUUUACAUUGUGUUGAACCCAAACGUCAGUGCUGUAAUAACUUGUAUGUGAAACCUGAGGUUAUUUUACUGCUGUUGUAAGAUUUGUUUGUGUUUAGAGCAUGUACUGCAAAUUCCUCUGAAACUGUAAAAACCCAUUAUGUUAGCCCAUUAGUCCCCACCCUCUGCCCCAACCCAAUCACUGGUGAUUCACAACUGUCAAACAUGACAAAUUACCUUGGUUUUUUUAGCAUUACAUUUUUGGUCAAAAUGUAUUGCGCAUCCCUACAUACUGUAGCUUCACUAUAGUUUGUAUAUAUUGUACCUACUGUAGUUUACGUAGCCUAUUGUAUUGUUACUGUCUCCAACAGUGUGGUAUUCCAGCUUAUGUUUCCACGUUAGUAUAUCAAUACUCACUCACUUUCACACACUCACUCGCUCACACACACACACACACACACACACACACACACACACACACACACACACACACACACACACACACACACACACACACACACACUC